UCCAACAUUUUUAUUGGUUUUAGUGACCAUUUGUUAUAUAACAAGGCAAAGAAGUCUAUCGUAUAUCCUACAAAGAGCCCUCACCUGAAACUGUCUCUUUCACCAUUGAUGCCUUUCCAGAGUUCCUGUUCAUUAGCUCCAAUGGCACUUGCAAAGGAGUACUGGGUGGCCUGAGACUCACAGACGGCCUAGCUUGCUUCAAGUGUGUUACGGUUCCUUCUGCUGGCAAACAUGUAUGGAGGGUCUCCUUUCCCAUUUUCUGAUUCUUCUUCUCUUCCCUUCUUCGGAUUCAUUAAUAAUUAUCACGAAGCAGGGCUCGAAGAGGAAGAGGGAUCAAAUAACACAAGUGGGUCUACCAAGGAUACAGCCCUGAGCAGUCUUCCCUCUCUUUCAGAUCUAAGCAAGGAGAACAGCAGAGCGUAUGUGUUUGGAAUCACGAAUUCUCCACCCGAGGAAGCUCAAUCUAUUAUCAACUUCAGGACCAGUUAUGACAAUUCGGCGUGUCCCUCUGAAUCCUUUCUUAGCUUCGAACAAGGAGAACGGGUUCCUCGCAGCAGUAGUCGUCGGACGACCGACGAUCAUGAAGAUGGUUACUCAAUCUGGAUAGAUUCUACGCACCUUAUUAACCAGUGCCAGUGGCAUCAAUCCAGUAGUAAGUCUGCUGCGGCCACCGACUCCCGUCUGUCUGCAGAAGACCUCAAUUGCUACGGCUUGAAGAAGAACACGGAGGGGCGAUUUGGGUGGUUGUAUUCAACACCGAUUGCCACCGCUGAAAAUGUUGAUGAAGAGUAUGGAGGAUCAGAAGCACGCUUCCUCAAGCGGCCUUACACGGGAGGUGAGAUGCAAGCGGUGGCCAAGAAGCACUGGGCAGCUGGUUCACCUUGGACGCCCAAGCCCAAGUCAUCUCCACCCAAGGACUCACAGAGUAUUGCAGCCAAGAACCGAAGAGAGAAGAUCAGUGAGCGGCUGAAGAUAUUGCAGGAUCUAAUACCAAAUGGAGCAAAGGUUGAUUUGGUUACCAUGCUAGAGAAAGCCAUCAGUUAUGUCAAGUUUCUGCAGUUGCAGGUGAAGGUGCUAGCAACAGAUGAGUUCUGGCCGGUACAAGGUGGAAAAGAUCCUGAGGUUGGCCAAGUGAAGGAAGCCAUUGAUGCCAUUCUCUCAUCCCACGGGCUCAGAAAUUCAAGCUCAAAGGAAGAAAGCCAUGGCGCAACAACAAGAAGAAAUCAAAUAAUAGAAAACAAGAAAAAAAACAAAAGCUAAGACCGAGGAAAAAGUUCUUGGUCACUUCUCUUAAAGCGAAAAAGAAAAAGGUUUUCUUUGGAAGUUAGUGAUGAUAGGUAGAAAGACAAAGUUUUGUAUCAUUCUUCAAAAGCUCUGUACUGUAAACUUUAGUGCUAUGACAUUUUUCAUUUAUAAUGAGAUACGAGAUU